GAGCCAGAGUGAGCACGAUAAGCAAGGCUUCCAUCGCCAUUUAUAUAUAUUAAAACUUCAAAUAAAGUAAAACAAACAGAAAAAACAGCUGCAACUUUUUUACAGGGUUUUUUUCCCGGGAAAAUAAUAACAGCCUCUGCCGCAGUUCGUUCGUUCUUUCUCAGAUCUCACCACCGGAACCGCCAUGGAGGACUCGUCCGGCCACCUGAAUAUUCCUCCGGCCGCCGCGGCGGCGACUCUCCGGCACGUUGACCGCAUGAUCAACUCCAACCACUACACCUCGCCUUCCAGAACAAUCUACUCCGACCGCUUCAUUCCCAGCAGAUCUGCCUCGAAAUUCGCGCUCUUCGACAUCGCCUGGCCUCCCGGGGGCGGCGACGACAGCUCCAGCGCCUACACCACGCUCCUCCGCACCGCGCUCUUCGGCCCCGACAUCGAGCCGCCGCACUCGCCGGCGAUGACUCUCCCCAGCCGGAAUAUCUUCCGUUACAAAACCGAGACGCGCCAGUCCAUGCACUCGCACUCGCCGUUCUUGUGCGACGAUUCGGUCCCCGGCGUUGUCCACGGCCCGGUCAAGGCUCCGAGGAAGGUUCCGAGGUCGCCUUUUAAGGUUCUGGAUGCGCCUGCGCUGCAAGAUGAUUUUUACCUGAAUCUUGUGGAUUGGUCUUCGCAUAAUGUGUUGGCUGUUGGUCUGGGAAACUGUGUUUAUCUCUGGAAUGCUUGUAGCAGCAAGGUUACUAAAUUAUGUGACUUGGGGAUUGAUGACCUCGUUUGUUCGGUUGGCUGGGCUCAGCGUGGUACACACCUUGCUGUUGGAACUAGCAAUGGUAAAGUUCAGAUUUGGGAUGCAUCUCGAUGCAAGAAGAUAAGAUCUAUGGAGGGUCAUCGGUUACGGGUUGGGACCUUGGCUUGGAGUUCAUCUCUUUUGUCUUCUGGCGGCAGGGAUAAGAAUAUUUAUCAAAGAGAUAUCCGUGCACAAGAAGAUUUUGUCAGUAAAUUGUCAGGGCACAAAUCAGAGGUUUGUGGACUGAAGUGGUCUUAUGAUAACCGUGAGUUGGCAUCUGGAGGAAAUGACAACAGAUUGUUUGUUUGGAAUCAACACUCAACUCAGCCUGUCCUGAAGUACUGUGAGCAUACAGCAGCUGUUAAAGCUAUUGCAUGGUCUCCUCAUCUUCACGGACUUCUUGCAUCUGGGGGAGGAACUGCAGACCGAUGCAUACGUUUCUGGAAUACAACCACAAACUCACAUUUAAGCUGCAUGGACACGGGAAGUCAGGUUUGCAAUCUUGUCUGGUCCAAAAAUGUCAAUGAACUAGUAAGCACGCAUGGCUAUUCCCAGAACCAGAUAAUUGUUUGGAGAUACCCCUCCAUGUCAAAGUUGGCCACUCUUACGGGUCAUACCUACAGAGUUCUUUAUCUUGCCAUUUCUCCGGAUGGACAGACUAUUGUAACUGGAGCUGGUGAUGAAACACUUAGGUUCUGGAACGUAUUCCCUUCCCCUAAAUCACAGAAUACUGAUAGUGAAAUCGGAGCAUCAUCUUUUGGAAGAACAAUUAUUAGGUGAUUGCUCCUGGCAUUUUGAUUCAAUCAAUGUGGCAUAUUUCAAAGUUUGGGUUGCUGUGCAGAAAGAGCAGAAAGAAAUAUCAGAGUAGAGAGCACCAUGGUGAAAAAACUUAUCAUGUGAAAAAAUAACAUAACAAUGGCAUGCUUUACCGAUUAGAGAGCAUUGCAGGGAGCUAAGAAAGUUACAUGAUGGCUGCCAAAGACGUAGACAUUCAUGCGAUUCGUGUGGAGUCUCAUUUCUUAUUUACAACAAGGUCAUUUUAUUUUAUUGUCCGUCGGAGAUUUAUACAUGUUAAUGGAGUUGUAGCUCUCCUUCGAUUCUUUUCUUUUUUACAAUAGUUCUCUCCGAUGUUAUAUAUUCAAGAUGAGUAUACAGAGAACAUCCUUAGCAAGCUUGUAUCAUCUGUUGUAUAUAAUUAUUAAUUUUUUAGGAGUUUUGAUACUUUCCUCCAUUUAUUAACCCUGUCGCUUUUACUUCUGAUUGUGGGGAAGGAGAAGAUAAGGGAAGGAAAAACAUUGGUUUUAAAAAA